AUGAAGGAGAUAUCAAGGAGACAUAUAGACUUGCUCGUGUUAUGGAACAUAAGAACUCAACUUGCUAAGAAAAUGGCUUCUUCUGCUAUGCCAGUUGGAGAAGAAUUUCAACCAGAAGCUGCUAUUGUUAAUUACUUUGGUUCGGGAGGAAUGCCCAUUAUGGCUAGUAAAAUAACAGUUGAACAACUUACAAAGUUCAUAUUAUACAGUGAAUGGCUGAUUUUGAUUGAUGGGCAUCCUUUAAACAACAUGGACAUCAAGUGGCUUAGAGAAAGAAUCAGAUACGUUGGACAAGUUGGUUCUCUUUCUUUAAAGUUCAACAAGAAAUGA